UUCGAUAAUAAGAAAAGCUGGGAGAGAUAUGUCCAUUCCUCACACAAUACUUUUUUUACAAUGAAUCAAGAAUAAAUAAAAUAGCAAUCCUCUGCAAGACCUCUUGGAUCUUGCCAUCAAUAUGUCUGUGCAAACUCCAACCACUUCCCAAGAGGAGGAAAUUUUGUCAGAUGAACAGAUCCAGGAUUUGCUUCUGGAGGCAGAGACACGCCUUCGUUCUUCUUCCCGAGGCACUUUGCGUUCUUCAGCUGAUGCAGUAGCUGCUUCUAGCUCUUUAAGGCUUCCCGCGCUUGAUUCCGUUCGAACUGUUCAACCUUAUAUUCGCAAACAAGACGAUGUUGCUGUCUUUGACCAGUCUCGAGCCAUCACUGCUGAGCAGAAAAAGCUCUCAGAAACCAUACGUUCAAUUUUCCAAGCCACUAAUCCCAAAACCAAGGAGCCAAAGGAAAAGCCAACCGCAGGAUCUGACUGGUUCAACCUCCCCAAGACAAAUCUCACCCCGGAACUGAAAAGGGAUCUCCAGCUUCUCCGAAUGAGACCGGUGCUCGACCCUCAUCGACACUACAAGAAAGAUAACAGCAAAGCGAAAGUGCCGGAAUAUUCCCAAGUUGGUACCAUCAUAGAAGGCCCUACUGAGUUCUUUAGCGCUCGGAUUCCCAAGAAGCUGCGGAAACGGACUUUCGUGGAAGAAGCUAUGGCGACCGAGAAAGAGAGCGGCCGCUUCCGCCGAAAAUAUGAGGAAAUCCAGGCCGCCAAAACUAGUGGAAAGACAGCCCACUACAAAGCUGUUAAAGCCAAGCGUUCCAAGGGAACGAAAUUUGGUUGAAAUACUAUUCAUGAUUCUACUGGAAGUUUUAUGUAGAAGCUACCUAGGUAGUUCACCCGCCGAUCGUCAAGGAGAUAUCCAAUCUCUAACACAGUUCGAUAUCCAACACCACCAAGUCGAAUCGAUACAAACGCGACAGUCUAAUUAAUUUUCGGCUGCCGCAAAAAUAUCUACCAGUGCCUGCUGUACUAGUGUCUAUCGCACACCACGCCGGUCAGCUAUGCAAUGUGGGAGAAGCAAAGCGAAGGAUAAAGUGCAACACGUACCUGCACAUCUACAGCCGCAAGCCUGCCCGCCUCAAGAACUUCUUCAUGCGUCGCCUUGCCCUCCUCGACGAUGGUGUCGAGCUCCUCCACUGUCGAAUGUUCCAAAAGCCUGUCAUCUCCACGCGGGACUGGAGCCAAGACCGCCUUAUUCGUCACCAGGCUUAGUGCGAGUACCUUAAUCCCACAGUGCCGUGCCACUAUGAUCUCAGGAACCGUUGACAUCCCAACAAGGUCUGCACCAAGCUGUCUUAAUAGUCGGCAUUCAGCCCUCGUCUCAUAGCUUGUUACUGGUCAGCAUUGCAUCGGCUGGUAAACAUAUAUUCAUCGCAAACCUUCGUAAUUCUUUCUUCUUACCUUGGUCCUCCAACAAAUGCAUAGACACCCUCAUGCAGCCGUCUUUUAUUUUCUGCCCCUAUCACUUUUCCCCAAGCGUGGUGGAUAGUCCUGCGAAGCCCAAUGUCAUAGGCAUCUGACAGAGCAGGAAACCUAACGCCAAAUUCCUCUUCAUUCGGGCCACGAAGUGGAUGUAUUCCGGCAAGACCGGCAAGAAAGAUAUGCUAUCACAACGUCAGCUCAUCUGGCUUUUCGCGUCUGUUUAUAACCGAAGAACAAGGGAGCCAUACAUCACUCAGCACUACAAUAUCCCCAACUUCGUAUUCAGGAUUCAAUCCUCCUGAUGCAUUUGUGACUUAAUUCAUUUGAAUAUGAGCAAUAAGUUUAUCCAGUAUAAGGGCUAGCAAUAAAUUAUAAUAAUACAAUGAGAAAGGAUAUAUCUCACCAAUGAUCAUUUCAUUCCUAGUAACUUGAAGAGCCGGACGGGGAACGUGACUUGGUCGACCGUGUGUCCUUCAUAAUAGCUGGUGCGAGGCAGGUUAUAUAUCAAAAUCCAAUACAAUUAGGGAGAAGUAAUUUCUUGAUUGAUAUGACAAACGUACUGUGAUCGACCAACCAUCAAUAUCCCCAGGAAUAUCUGUCCCCAAGAAUGCCGAAGACGAGUUUGCCGAUAUGACCAGGGACUAUGCAAGGGAAUUAGCAUUCACCAUCCAUCGUUGAUAUGUAUAGAUAGAUAGCUAGUAUAUAGGAAAGCAGCUAGUUUUACCGGUUGAAGUGGGAAAAUGCGGGAUCGACCCAUAUUCAAAUUCAGCUCUGGGACUCUCGCUCACUGAUGAUGCAAGUCCGCCUAGGCCCGAUCCGCAAAUUAUGGCAAAUCGGGGCUUUUGAAGUUCGGCUGGCAAACGCUCACGCAGAUAGGCGCAGGCUUCCUGCGCUUGCUGGAAGAUAGAUUGUUUGCCCAUGUUUUGUAUUCUUUGGAAUAUCUACGGAAGGUGGUAUGGGAAGAGUCGAGGAACAUGGACUGGAAGUUUGGAUUUUGAAAUAGAUGCUAUGAGUGAGAUACUAAGGAGUAGGUUCCAACAACGAAUUGCUUUCAAGAGGGCGAAUAUGUCCUCAUUGUUUUUACCCGCAUCCAUAUUGUCGGAGCCCGCCGCCCCAGUUCUGCCAGCGACUUCAGGAUUAAUGCCGCUGCCAGAACGACAUUAGUCAUUUUGCAUUUGGGAAAGAAAAUGAAGAAAAUACUCUAUACUGCUUCCACUAUCAAACUGCUUACGCA